AUGUCAACAGAGGAACCUGAAGCGUAGGGGUGUGAAUUAUUGGGAGGAUUUGGAAUAUUAGUAUAAUCAAUUUUGGGAUUCCUUUGCUUUUUAGUCCUUGUCUGUAAUAAAUUCAUUUUUAUAUUUUUAGUCAAGAGGCACAUUGAAAAACCUAAAAGAGUUUGGAAAAUAUUUUUAAUGGUAAUUUCAGAAUACAUAACAUAGGAUACUGCUAAAUAGUUUGUUAGUGCUGUUGUGCAGCAUUUCUUAAAUAUUGGAUUGGCUUUAUUGUUGAGUUCUGCAGAUAGUGGAGAUUAAUGUUAAUGGUAUAUAAUAUUGUUAAGGUAGGUAUUUUAUUACUUAUAUGUUGGAUUGUACUAUAGGUAUGUUAAUUAAUUGUUUAUUGAUCACUCUUUUUGAAAAACUAUUUCAAAAGUUAGGUUAGACGGUAUACAUCUUAGUAAUUUUUAUAGCAAUUUUAAACAGGCAAUUAUUACACUAUAUCCUAUCCAUAAAUAACAACUUACUCUAUAAGUUCUAAUGAUUUAACUCAAGCCUAAAAAGCUAAACCUAAAGUUGAAGUUGCAUAUGGAGUGUAUGUAUUUUAAUUAACAUUGUGGAUUUUAAUUGUUGUUGUAGUAAGUUAUCACUCAUUAAAACAAGAGCAAAGUUAUCCUUUAUUUUUUCUAAUUAAUCUUGGGAGAAUAUUUAUUGACAGCAGUAUCAUGGAUGUUCUAACCUAUAAAUUAAUAUCCAGAACUCGAGCUUGUAAUUGUACUAGUCAUCAUACCUUUAAUAUUUAAUGCUCUUUGCGUAUCAAAACAGGUUAUUAUAGUUUUGGGUGCAAGAUUCAUUUCUCAAGAAAAGUAAAUUUAAGAAGAAGGAAAAAAAUGCAGUUUUGGAUGCUCUCUAUGAAAAAACUGACUAGCCUGUUGAAGUGGAAAUCAUAGAUGGAGAUGAGAGUUGCAGACCUUCAAUAACAGGAAUUGAAUUAUAGCCCUAGUAGACAAAUAAUGAUUUAGUAAUUACAGAGACUAAAUAUGAUGUUGAAGUAAACGAAUAAUAAACUGAUUCAUCAAAUGAGGUUUGA